AUGCAGCUUUCUGUGCUCUUUACUGCACUCGUAUCUUUCGUCAUCCUUGCGGCAGCGUCACCCGCUGCGCCAGGAGCCAUCUCGAAACGUUCCUUUAAACGAGAGAACCUUGACAUCAAUUUUGAACGUGAUCUCCUGAAGACUGAUCUUGAUGAUUCCGAUCAGCCAUACAAGCGCGAGGAGCUGAUGGAUGGUCUUGAUGACUACGAUCAGCCAGACAAGCGCGAGGAGCUGAUGGAUGGUCUUGAUGACUACGACCAGCCGGACAAGAAGCGCGCGCUCUAG